UUAGAGAAUCAGAUAACCAGAAAGCGAAGCAGCGAAGGCGACCUCACCAAAUAAGAGAGCGAGAGAGAGAGAGAGAGAGAGAGAGAGAGAAGAACAAGUUCAGAAGUUCCUUGAACUUGGAGAAUUUUCUUUUCUUUUAAGUUUGAAGUUCAGAUUUUCUCCAUUGAUAGAGAGUGAAGAUGGAGGAAAUCAUGGUGGAGUACGAGAUUAGAGCUUGUGGCUUUGUGUAGGCUCUUGAGAAGGAACCCUACUUUUCUGUUUCAUAGGGUUUCGUUUGUUCAGAUUUCUCUUCUUCUCUCUUCUUAUCUACUUGUUACGGCUUUUUUUGCCUGAGAAUGGGUAGUCGGAAGUUGAUUAUCGGAAAUUUGGAACCGGCGAGAAAGAGGAGUAGUGGUGUCAGAACUAAACAGGCAGGAAGAGGAUCGUGCCGUGGGAGUUAGGCGACAGUCUUUUCGCCGGAGUAUUUACAGAUUCCGGCACUGAAGUUCUUUGGUUGUUGUUGUUGUUGUUGUUGUCCUUCACUUUACUGUGUUCACUUUAUCUUUUUCGAGAUUUCGUCGCAGAAGGCGAUGGGGUUCUUGAAAGAAGCUCUCAAGUGUAUCUGCGUUGAAAAUCAGUGGUCCUAUGCGGUUUUCUGGAAGAUCGGUUGCCGGAAUCCGACGCUUUUGGUUUGGGAAGAAUGCCAUUACGAGCCUGCACGGUACUCUUCCCUCAAGGGCAUUUCUGGACGUGAAAGCACCGAAGCGCUUCUAAAAGAGUGGGAAGGACUUGGGAGUUCUGAAACUCAGCUUUCUCGGCUUGGAUGUCAAGUUGAGGACAGAGUCUGUUCUCUCAUUAAGAUGAUGAUUAAUAAUCAGGUCCAUGUUUUUGGACAAGGAAUGGUUGGACGUGCUGCUUUCACUGGAAGUCAUCUGUGGAUUCUUCAAGAAAACCGCAGAGGGGAAGGUCAUCCACCAGAGGUUAUGACUGAGGUGAACCACCAAUUUUCGGCUGGCAUGCAGGCAGUUGCAGUUAUUCCUGUGCUUCCGCAUGGUGUUGUUCAGCUUGCUUCCACACUAGCAAUAAAGGAGAAUAUCUGUAUUGUGAACAAUGUGAAGAAUUUGUUUGCAAAACUAGGACGUGUGCCCGGUGCCUUGUUAUCUCAUAAUUAUUUGAAUAAAGAUCCUUGUGAGAAGAUUGGACUACCUCUGUCAGCAGAGGAAACAAAUUCUAAAAUGGAAACAUUCUCGCCACUCGCAGGCUACAGCUGUAACCAACAAAUACUCCCAUCUCAAGUUUCAGGAUUUGCACAUCAAUCUUCUCAUUCUUUAACUACACAGAUUCAGGACAACAUGCCAGUUAACGUUUUAGCAUUGCAAACCACUCCUAGAGUGACCCCAUCUAUUUCCAAAUCUCCGAAUGACCUCUUCCAGGAAAAUGCUCAUCUAAUGAUGAAGUCAAAUCUUCCUCUUAGAAGCCAACAAGAAACUACAUCCAUGGGCUCUGAAGUUUUCCCUUCCAGUGCAGGCGGACGUUUCAACUCACAAGGUUCUCAAUAUGAUCCAGGUUCUGGAUUCAGUCGCCAAUCUAUAGUUGGACAAUCAAGUGUGAGUUUUACUGGAGGAAAAUUUAUUGAACAACAGAUCCUGUCAGGUGAUAGGUUACUGGGCCCUGUUAACAGUAGUAUACCUGCAUCAAGUAGCACUGCAACAGAAGUAAGGGCCAGCAAAGUUGGAGUUUCUAAUUAUUUGAAAGAUUCUAUUAUUGCCUCGUUGCUUGGAGGGAGUAAGUUACCUAAUGCUGGAACUGGUCUCCAAGCACUGACCUCAUUUCCGUGCUCACGUUCAAUGCAGUGUAGAUCAGACGACAGUAACCCCCGUUUCCCACCUCAAGAGGGAGGUGGUCCACAUUCAAAUUUGUCCAACACGAAGGUGGUUUUCUUGUCUAACCAUGCAGCUCAAUCGAAUACAAGUGACAUGCUUCCAGGCAGUUCCCAUCAAUGCCAUUCCUCCACUAAUGAAAAGCAUACUCAAACUGAGUUUUCUGCAAGAGAACAUGGAGUCGAGGACUUGUUUCAGGCCCUUAAUAUCCCACCAGGACAGGAUGAUCAUAUUUCUAGAAGUGGGACCAUGUCUGCUACUAUUCAAGAUAGCUCAAUGACCAGUCAGGAGCUUGAGAGGGGAACUAUGGCACUGCAACAUGUCCCUGAAGAUGCACGUGUUCGACAUUCUUCAGGCGAAGACUUGUUUGAUAUCUUGGGUCUUGAUUUUAAAAGCAAACUAUUAUGUGGCACUGGGAGUGAUUUUCUUAUGCAUGGAACAGGUGCAACUGUGCACAGUUUGGGUACAGAUGCUUCCAUGUGCCUUACACAGAUGGAUGCUGGUCGUGAUUUUUAUGCAAUAAAUGAUGGGAUUUCAGAAAGUGGAAUUUUCUCUGAAGCUGGGACUGAUCAUCUGUUGGAUGCCGUGGUUUCAAAGGCUCAUUCUACUUCUAAGCAGAACUCAGACGACGAUAUGUCUUGUAAUACAACGGUGACAAGGAAAAGUAGCUCUUCAGUUAUUUCAGAUGCUCCAACAUAUGGCAGUGCAAGUGUGUCCGACCAGAUGAAAGUAGAUAUGUUUGGUCUUCCUCCACCUCUAUCUAAGGUAGAGAUGGCAAGAUCAAGUUCUUUCAAAUCUGGAUGUAGUGUGGAUAAUGUCGGUGGGUCUCAAAUCAACCCCAUUUAUAGAUCACAAAUAAGUUUAUGGAUGGAAGAUGGUCACAACUUGAAGCAAGAAAAUAGUACCACAACUGCCAAUUCUAAGAAACCUGAUGAAACAUCAAAAACAAAUCGUAAAAGGCUUAGACCUGGAGAGAGCCCUAGACCUCGGCCAAAAGAUCGUCAGAUGAUCCAAGACCGUGUGAAGGAGUUGCGGGAGAUUGUACCAAAUGGUGCAAAGUGUAGCAUUGAUGCACUGCUUGAACGUACCAUUAAGCACAUGCUCUUCCUGCAAAGCGUGACAAAGCAUGCAGAUAAGCUAAAGCAAUCCGGGGAGUCUAAGUUUAUCAACAAGGAGGCUGGGCUGCUACUGAAGGACAACUUUGAGGGAGGGGCGACGUGGGCAUAUGAAGUUGGUUCCCAAUCAAUGAUCUACCCAAUCGUGGUAGAGGACUUGAAUACACCUCGUCAGAUGCUUGUGGAGAUGCUUUGUGAAGAACGGGGUUUCUUUCUAGAGAUUGCCGAUAUAAUUAGAGGAUUGGGAUUGACCAUUCUGAAGGGCAUUAUGGAAGCUCGGAACGACAAGGUCUGGGCGCACUUUGCAGUAGAGGCAAACAGAGACGUCACAAGGAUGGAAAUUUUCCUGUCGCUUGUUCAUCUGUUAGAGAAAGCCGGAAUGGGCAAUUCAAGGACACUGAAAGGCAUUGAUGGCAGCAAUCUGAUGGUACAUAACAAUUGCAAUCAAGCAUCUAUACCUGCAACCGGUCCAUGUAAUAGCUUGCAGUAAGCUACCUGUACUAUCUUUUUGGGUUUGGGGCAUGUUGAGAGCGGGCUUUGCGUCUUGCCUGCCAUGACUGGCAUGAAUUACAGUCUCAGGUGGUUCUAAUUCUUAUUAGUCCUAGUGAAGUGGACUACACUAUAACUGACCUCAGUAGAGUGGGUAAGGUGUUUAGGUUGUUGAUAGCUAGCUCCUCGAACCUGUAGAAUGUAUUUGACCGUAAAAUGUUACUGGAAUCUGCUGAUCAACAGUUGCCCAAAACAUCAAGCUGUUCAUGCA